GCAGUGUGUGUAUGGAGGAAUGUGACAGUGUUCAGUGUAUGGAAGGUGAGCCGCUCCGAUUGUGACAUGCCAACUGCUACAACAGAGUGACGAGUUGACCAAGAGAGAACAUCAGCAAUAAAGGCAGAUAUCUCCUUCUUUCUUUCUUUUUUUCUUUUUCACAUUAGCUCUCCCAGUCCGCAUCCAGCUAAUGGGUGUUUGUCCAGAGUGGCAGCAGCACUGAUCGCUACUGUGAGGGCACACAGAUCAUAAUGGAGAUGAGGCCAAUAUCAGAAACUUCCUGGUGUCAUGAGACGUGUCACCCACACAGUUCUUUGUAAGUUUUCCAUCCGGACCUGUCAGCACCUGUGCUUGCAGGACCAUGGGUAGCGUCAGCAGCCUUAUUGCUGGAAACAGUCUGAACAACAAGCACUGCAAGGCUUCUGACUAUCGGUUAAAGGAGGGGACAAAUAUUCACAGGAAGAGUGGAGGGUGCAAUCUUGAUGGCUUACUGAAGUGUGGCUUUGCUCAGACUUCCACUCAUCACUCCAGAGGCCUCUCCCACUCUAGGUCAGGAAGAAGCGAAGACUUCUUUUACAUUAAGGUAAACCAUAAACCGAGGUCUACGCACCACAGAGAGAAAUCAUUGGAAGAUGUUGUGAGUAGAGACAAGGACUCUGAUGGACGAUCACAACCAAAACUGCUGUUCAUGCCAGGAAAAAUUUUAGAAAGGACUCCUGCUGAGAAAUCGCUCGUCCAGACCACCGCCUUCAAGUCGGUGAACACGACAGCUUCAUCCACUGAGGCUGGCCACGUCUUCUGUCCUAUGAGGAAAGCAAGCACUCUGAAUGUUGGACACAAACAAGACCCCUUAGGAACUCUCUCUGACUCUGGGCGUAACUCAAUGUCUAGCCUCCCUACCCACAGCACCAGUGGCAGUCUAAGAGCCUCCACAGGCCUUGUCAGUCAGAAUGAUGGGAGUUCAGCUCUGCUAAACAGCCUCUGCAAAGGACAACAACCCAAUUUUCCUCCAUGGGUCAAUGGAAAUAACGCAAACCUUGAAAGCAGUUACAGGGCUUGUUUAAGCAGCAGUGUGUUGGCGUCUAAGGCUAAUGAGGAUGCUGGCUCCCCACUGUCUGCAGACGAACCAAGAACUCUUUCAGAAACGGCAGGUGGGAUCCGGUCCCCCAUAACGACAGAUGAGUUGCUGAUUGAGCAUCUAGAACAGAGACUGCUGGAGAGGGAAAAUGAACUUCAGGAGCUGCAGGUGAGUUUAGAGUUGAAGGAGGCAGAAACGUGUCAUUUAUUUGAGGAGAGACAAAAGUUCUGCGCAGAGGAGAUGGACGGCCUAAAGCAGCGGUGCACCACGCAGCUGCGAGAAGUGUCUCAGAUGAAUGCAAAAACCCACCAGGCUCUUCAGCUGCAAGUUUGCUACCUCCAGAAAGAAAAUGGGAAGCUUCAGGAAGAUCUCUCGAAGCUGACGCAAGAGAAGGAACUCGUUGAACUCAGACUGAGGUCAUAUGAGAAAGAGAGCACCCAGCUGAUGCCAACACUCGAGGAAACCCAGUGGGAGGUGUGUCAGAAGUCAGGAGAAAUCUCUUUAUUGAAGCAGCAACUGAGGGACUGCCAAGCGGACGUGAGCCACAAGCUAAACGAGAUUGUAAGUCUCAAAGCAUCACUAAAGGAAAACACAGCAAAAGUGGAGAGGCUCGAGCAACAGAACAAGGACUAUGAAGACAAACUCCACUCAUGCACCAGAGAGGUUGAGGUGUGCCAAAAUGAACUUCAGCGCAAAAAAGUUGAGGCCAAUUUUCUGAGAGACAACGUCGGCAAACUGGAGCAAGACAUUCAGCAAGUCAAACAGGAUCUUGUUACAGCUGAAGAGCAGAAGCUGCAGAAAAGUAUUGAACUUAAAAAUCCAAUCCAGGAGUUAGACUCCCUUGACCAGGUACGUGGGUCAGAGAACAAGAAGUGCAUUUUCACCGGAUCGCUCCAAAGAGAAGUGGAGAGACUGAAGCAGGAGCUCAGAGAGGAGAAGAAUGCUCAGGAGAAACUGGUCUGCAGCUUUGAGCUGGAGAGGCAGACUUGGAACCAGGAGAAAGACAGGGUGAUCAAAUACCAGAAGCAGCUCCAGAUCAAUUACCUGCAGAUGCACAAGAAGAACAAAGACCUGGAGAGGAUCCUGAAAGAGCUGACAGCUGAGCUGGAGAGCCGAACUGAGCUGGGCUUGGACUUCAGAUACAGUGCAGGGUUACAAACUUAUGAGGAUGUCAUUGCCACAGAGAUUUGAGAGACGCAGCCAUUUGUAUCUUUUCUAAAAACACGAACACAGUUUGACACUUACUUCAAGCACUGACUUUUUUAUAUAUAGCUUAGCUUAUUUAUUCAAAUGUGGGUAUUAUAGAAUAAUCAAUACUACUGAAAAUAGUCAUUGAUUAUCACAUUGUUCUUACUUGUUUAAAAGUAAAUGAUAGAUUUUUAUGUUUAAAUUUGAUUGUUUUUCAUUAUCCUGUCCAACAACAACAAUUGUGGUUUUAAUUUGAUGUAAUGGUUCAGAGAAAGUGUUUAUAUGUUAACAGUAAUGUCUUAUAAAACAAUGGAGUCAUCAUGAUCAUUUUAAAUAUGUCCUUCUAUGACAGUAAGACAAGGUCUUCUGUUAUAAAUUAGCACUGAUUUUUCUUGAUCUGUCUGUCUCUGUAUAUUUCCACCAUUUUCUCUUUUAAGCAAAAAGUUAGAACUUUUCAAAUAAGCACACAUAUCUGCAAGUGCUUCCCUUUAUUUCACUGAUGUGCUGUAAACAGUAUUGACCUAAAAUACAUGUUGUAGUCACCUUUAACAAGUCAUGUGUUUUCAUCCUAAAAAUAAAAUACUCGCAUAUGGAAAAAACCCAGCACAUUUAAAAUAUAAUUCUCCCUCUUUAGCUCUUGUAAAAUGUAACUUUUCUUACAGCAUUUCUGUGUUUAGUAUAUUUAUCUUGCCAAUAAAGAUGGUUAUUUGUG